AUGUCGUCAAAGAAAGAUAUGCGCAGGGCUGAUCUCGCGAUCCCCUAUGUCGAUCCGCCCAAGAGCAGCAGCGAUGCCGAUAUCUCCAGCACAAUGUCAAGCACUAUGCCCAUGGCGGCCAUGUUUACUCGGAACCGCAUGAUCGGAUGGGUAUCCUUCGUUUUCUCACUUCAGUCCUGGUUGGGUGAAUCCCCAGAGCAGAAGAAGACUGCUUCUACACCGGCCUACAUGUCGGUUUUCAUGUCCUGUUCGUUGCUCUCCGUACCCCUCUGUGCUUGCAGGACUAAUCUCAUGGCGUGGUAUAGUGAUGGCACUAGUUGUCGCUCUGCCACUUCUUCUCUCCCACUCUUCUACCACAGCAUCUCCCCUCUCCCAACCACACACGCACCGAUCUUUGACAGAGAUAUUAAAUCUCGCCCUUCGUUUACUCCAUUAAUACCCCUUUUAAACGCCGUUUACAACGAAAAGGCCGAGUUUAUGUCCAUCGAAAACUUGAAGACCUUCGACCCCUUCGCCGAAGCUGACGAAGACACCGGCGAGACUAAACAGUCUCAGAACUACAUCCACAUACGGAUUCAGCAACGCAAUGGUCGUAAGACUCUGACCACUGUUCAGGGUCUUCCCAAGAAGUUCGACCAGAAGAAGAUUCUCAAGGUCAUCAAGAAGAAGUUUGCUUGCAAUGGCACCAUCGUCUCUGACACUGAGAUGGGCGAGGUGAUUCAGCUGCAGGGAGACCAGAGGAAGGAUGUCCAGGAGUUCUUGACUGACAAGAAGGAGGGACUCGAGCUUGAUGCAAAGACCAUCAAGGUAUGUCGAUACCCCCUUAUCUACCCUCCGUCACCAUCACCAUGGUCUAAUUUGUCAUAUUCAAGGUCCACGGGUUCUAAUCCCAUCACCAACAUCAUGCCUUGUUCCAGUCCCUUCUUCCCGGUUUAUGUUGCCCUGUGA